GCAUCCCUUCUAACACCAAAUCAGCAUGAUUAGCUAGCCGAUCACAGGAAAGAAUGAGAUGUGCUAAUGACCACUCAAUAUUCAUCUCGAAAGCGUCAAAGGAGAUAUACAAGAAGUCGUGGAGGAUGUUUUACGUGUAAAAGAAGAAAAUUGAAAUGUGAUGAAACUAGGCCAACGUGUCAGAGAUGCGUGACGGAAUCAAGAGAAUGUCGUGGAUAUGCUAGCAUACAUUCUAACACGGAAUCAGAAGAUUCACUGAGUGCUUUGAUCGUGGUCAAUGAUGCACAAUCUGAGCAUGCAACACCACAACAUAAUCAAACAAUUUCAGCUGAACUUCUUCCAACUUCUAUAUCCAACCCCACAACAAAUGAUGAACAGCAACAGCAACAAUCAUUCGACAGUCUACUUUCAACUAUUUGGAAUGAAGUAUUGGAGGGAGAAAUGCCGAUAGACUGGAAUUGGAUGGAUACACAGCCAGUUCGAUCAUCAUCAAGUGACACUCACAUCCCUACGCCUAGGCUGAUUGACACCGAAAUCAAUAUCGCCCAGUCAUCUUUGAUGGGAAAUAGGCAUCAAUCUCUACAAACCCAAUUAGAGCAUUUAUGUACAUCGCAAACUCAAUUGCUUGGCGUCAGACACUUUUUCAAUUAUGUCGUCCAAUGUUUUCACAUCAUUCCUACAGAGGCAAACAGAUGGAGAACUGUUUUUGGCUCUUUGUCAUUACAAAGCGAGAUUAUCUUUCGUUUAACAGCCUCUGUUGGCUUGAUUUCACUCUCGCACCAAAGCCAAACGAAUUAUCGACCCACAGGUUAUUCGUACAUGUCAUAUUCCCUUCGUAUCUGGAGCGAAUUGGUGCAAGAAGGAAAAAAGCAAGAAUGGAAACACCUUUCUAAGAAAAGCGGUACUAUAUCGUCCGAGGAAAUCGAUAAAUUGUCAAACAAUGCAUUGGAGGUUCUGGCUGUAGCCGUUCUUGUUGCACAUGUUGAGCAAUUUGAUACAGGACUUGCACAUGAGAGCAAUAAAUGCCUUUCAGUUGCUUUGAAUUUAGUCUUGACAAUUCUACAACUUGAGAAGGAGCAAGAUUGUAUUGUGGGUACAGGCAGUGGUUCACAUUUUCGCUUUUUGUUACGCAUUCUUCUAUGGUGGGAUACAUUUUCCUGCACAAUGGGUCCAGGUUCAGGCAUUUGUUUCGAAAAAAUACAACUUAUAAUUUCGACUGUUCGUAUUUGGGAAGAAGAGGAAGAAGAAUCAAUUUUGGACUCAACUCAAUGCGUUACAGGUUGGCCAAUCGAUCUUCUAGAGGCUAUAGCCCGUAUCACCAAUGUGCAUGAGUUUCUUACAAAUCGUACAGCCAGGUAUUCUUUGUAAGGGACGUCAAAUUGAAUCAUAGAGAAAUAGAUACAAGAAGUGAGUAUUUAUAAGAAAUAGAGAGGUUCAAGAAUCAGCUGAGAAUUGUAUAAGGGUUUUAAUAUAUGUAUGAGUGAAACUAAUAUAUGUACGAAUAAGGAAGAACAAAGGGAUU